UCUCUCCUCUCUCAUUUCCAUUCAGUGUGUUGAAGCAGCAGCAGCAGUCUUGUAUGUGGAUCCUUGGCAAGAGGACAGCAGCAGGAGAUCCAUCCCAGACCAAACUGCCUGAGCAACAUGGUCGUUGUGAGAAUCGUCGCUUGCCUGUGCCUGCUGGUGGGCUUCUCGCUCCAGGUGGACGUGAAAAGUGGGAAAGAGGCAGCAAAAGCCGGGAAUUUCAUGGAAGAUGAGCAAUGGCUGUCAACCAUCUCGCAGUACAGCCGUAAGAUCAAACACUGGAAUCGCUUCAGAGACGAAGUUGAGGAUGACUACAUCAAAAACAUGGAGGAGAACAUGGGUUCUGAUGAAACCGUGGACACCACCAAGGACCCGUGCCAGAAUGUGAAGUGCAGCCGCCAUAAGGUGUGCGUCGCUCAGGGCUACCAGAGGGCCAUGUGUGUCAAUCGCAAGAAACUGGAGCACAGAGUCAAACAGUCAGGGCAGCUGGAGGCCCAUGAAAGCAGCUGCAAGCCUUGUCCUGUUACUGCCUCCUCACCUGUAUGUGGCUCUGAUGGACACAACUACGCCUCUGAGUGUAAGCUGGAGCAGCAGGCCUGCCUCACAGGCAAAGACCUGAACAUCAUGUGCACUGGCUUUUGCCCCUGUGCCACAGCCUCCAUGACCAUCACGAAUACUGACACAAAACGUGAGAGCUGCACUGGCCAGGACCUGGCAGACCUGGGCGACCGCCUGAGAGACUGGUUCCAACUCCUUCAUGGAAACGCGAAGCAGAAUAACUCUGGCAAGCUCGGAGCUGGCACCGCUUCAGUGCUGGACAAGAGCCUCGUAGCCAGCUGCAAGGACUCCAUCGGCUGGAUGUUCUCAAAGCUGGACACCAACAGUGACCUGUAUCUGGACCAAGCUGAGCUUGCUGCUAUCAACCUGGACAAGUACGAGGUCUGCAUCCGACCCUUUUUCAACUCCUGCGACAGCUACAAGGAUGGGAAGGUCUCUACGGCGGAGUGGUGCCUCUGCUUCUGGAGAGAAAAGCCGCCCUGCCUCAUUGAGCUGGAGAGGAUCCAGGUGCAGGAGGUGGCCAAGAAGAAGCCUGGGAUGUACAUUCCCAGCUGCGAUGAGGACGGCUACUACAGGAAAGUGCAAUGUGACCAGAGCCAAGGGGAGUGCUGGUGCGUUGACCAGCAUGGUGUAGAGAUGAUGGGCACCAGAAUCCGUGGCAACCCUGACUGUGAUGAAGUGGUGGGAUAUUCUGGAGAUUUCGGGAGUGGAGUGGGUUGGGAGGAUGAAGAGGAGAAGGAGGCAGAGGACAAUGGAGAGGAGGCGGAAGAGGAGGAAGAGGAGGAGGGCGAGGCAGACGAUGGAGGAUACAUCUGGUAGAACUGUCUGGCCCCACGCAGAGAGCCGAGUCACAGCUGCUGGCCUGUCUAUAGGGUUGGCUCUCUCCUCACAGCAAAACAUUUUGGGUUUGGACUGGGGAGGCAUGGAAUUGUGUAUCAUCCUGGUGGGAUAUGUGGUGCUGGUCAGGUCCGGGGAAGAGAUGAUGACCAGUUUUUGUCUUAGAUAUGUGUUAUUGCUUCAUUCUCCUCUCUGUUUUUUGAGCAACAGAGCUUUUUGUUUUGCUGUCCUGAAAAGCAGGACCCACUGACUACUGCGCCAUAGGUAGCUAGUCCAUCAGAAUUCCUAUCUUGUCCCACCGCCAUCUAUGCAUAUAGAGAUUACCAGUAAUUUUGUAUUGUGUGAACAACUGCUUGAGUAUUAGAGCCGCCAUCCCACUGGAAUGACUAGAGAUCAGAAUUUAAAGGAACAGUUCGACAUUUUGGGAAAUACACUUGUUCGCUUUCUUUUUUAUGAGAAGCUCGAUACCACUCUCACUUUAAAUAUGAAGCUAGAGCUAAGAGACGAUUAGUUUAGCUCAGCAUAAAGACUGGAAACAGAUGGAAACAGUUGCUUGGCUCUGUAGGUAAGAAAGAAAGGUAAGAAAAUAAGCCUACCAAAACCUCUAAAGCUCACUAAUUAACAUCUUAUAUCUUGUUUGUUUAAUCCGCACAAAAACCAAUGUGUUAUGAAAUGUUAUGGGCCAGGCUCCAGCAAGUCAAUUUGCCAGGAAAAUAAAUAGUCUGCAACAUAACAGCCCGUAAAAAAGUUUUUGUACAGAUUAAACAAACAAGAUAUAACAUGUUAACGAAAGAGCUUUAGAGGUGCUGGUAGGCAGAUUUUGUUACCUUUGGAGAGAGUCAGACUAGCUGUUUCCCCCCUGUUUCAGUCUUUAAAGCAGCUAUAAUUGAAUAAUAAGACAAUGUGAAAACAAUGUGACACUGUGUAAAGGGUCGCUCGUAGUGAUGAACCUAAAGAGAAUUAUCACCCGAAUCUGCAGCUCUCCUUGGCUUCACAGAGCUUUAUAGUGAGUUUCAGCUCAUUGUUUAGCUGUCUGGCCACAACUAUACUGUUUUGGUUCACUCUCACGACUCUCAUAAUGUUGAUUUAGCAGCAGCAGGCAGCUGUUUCCAGUGAAA